AUGGCUGGUUUAGACUACCUUCUUUUCGAAGAAGCAACUGGUUAUGCUAUUUUCAAAGUGUUAAUUCAGCAAGAUGACAUUUCAUCUAGACUGAAGGAAGUUCAAGAAGCAUCGAACGAUUUGGCCAAAUUUUCCAAGAUGGUUGAAUUAGUUUCAUUUGCUCCAUUCAAGGGUGCAGCCCAAGCUUUAGAAAAUGCUAAUGAUAUUUCCGAAGGGUUAGUUUCCGAUUACUUAAAGUCAAUUUUAGAAUUGAACUUACCAAAGGGUUCUUCCAAGAAGAAGAUCAACUUAGGUGUUUCUGAUAAAAAUUUAGGUCCAUCUAUUAAGGAGAUCUUCCCAUACGUUGAUUGUUUAGCAAACGAAACAGUUCAAGAUUUCUUAAGAGGUAUUAGAGUUCACGGUACCAAGUUAUUGAAAGAAUUACAGGAAGGUGACAUUGAAAGAGCUCAGUUAGGUUUAGGGCAUGCUUUCUCUCGUGCUAAAGUUAAGUUUUCAGUACAAAAGAAUGAUAACCAUAUCAUUCAAGCUAUUGCCUUAUUAGAUCAAUUAGACAAGGAUAUUAAUACUUUUGCCAUGAGAGUAAAGGAAUGGUACGGAUGGCACUUUCCAGAAUUAGCAAAAAUUGUUCCUGAUAAUUACAGUUUUGCGAGAUUGACUUUAUUCAUUAAGGAUAAAGCUUCAUUGACCGACGAAUCUUUGCAUGAUAUUGCCGCAUUAGUUAACGAUGAUUCUGCUAUUGCCCAAAAGGUUAUUGAUAAUGCGAAAAUCUCUAUGGGUCAAGACAUCUCCGAGCAAGAUAUGGAAAACGUUGCUACGUUUGCUGAAAGAGUUGUUUCCAUUUCGGAAUACAGAACCAGAUUAUACCAAUAUUUAACCGAUAAAAUGAAUACGGUUGCUCCAAAUUUAACUACUUUAAUUGGUGAAGUUGUUGGUGCCAGAUUAAUUUCGCAUGCAGGUUCUUUGACAAACUUGUCGAAACAAGCUGCUUCAACUGUUCAAAUUUUAGGUGCUGAAAAGGCUUUGUUCAGAGCAUUGAAGACCAAGGGAAAUACACCAAAAUACGGUUUAAUGUACCAUUCUUCAUUUAUUGGUAGAGCGUCUGCUAAGAAUAAGGGUAGAAUUUCCAGAUACUUAGCCAACAAGUGUUCUAUUGCUUCAAGAAUUGAUAACUAUUCUGAUGAACCAUCCACCGCUUUUGGACAAAUCUUGAAGAAACAAGUUGAAGAAAGGUUAAAUUUCUACGAUACAGGUUCUACUCCUAUGAAAAAUGCUGAUGCUAUUAAAGAAGCUUUAGCUUUGUCUGGUGAUCUUGAUGAAGAAGAAGCUGGUGAUGUGACUGCUGUUGCUGACUCUGAAGAAGAAACCAAGUCUUCUAAGAAAGAAAAGAAGGAUAAGAAAGAAAAGAAGGAUAAAAAGGAAAAGAAAGAGAAGAAGGAAAAGAAGGAAAAGAAGCGUAAGGCUGAUGAUGACGAGUCUCCAAAGAAGAAGAAGAAGAAGUCUAAGGAUUAG